AUGACAGCCAAAGUUCCAUUUGAAUAUCCCCAAUCACUAGAGGAAUACAUGGUGACGGAGAAAGAGUUUCUCGCUCGGAAUCCCCAAUACACCAUUCUCUGCUCGGGAGGUGCAGUCUUCAAUGACAAAGAUCAACUGCUUCUGGUGCAGAGGGCAAAGGAGGAACUAGCGUUCGCUAACUUUUGGGAGAUACCUGGAGGCAAAGUAGACGAUACCGACGAGACCAUUCUGCAUGCAGUGGCAAGAGAGGUCAAAGAGGAGACAGGCUUGGACGUGACGAGAUUCGUCCGCAAGAUUGGUGAAUUCGGGUGGGAGGAAUUCAGCAAACGCACACAGGAGACGGCGGUAUGGCAGAAACUAAUAUUCGAAGUCGAAGUGAAAACAUUCGAGAUCCAACUGGAUCCAUUGGAGCAUCAGGAUUAUCUUUUCGCUACCGAGGAGGAGGUCGCACAAGACAUGGCUGGUCAAGUCACCCUACGAUGGAUCACGCCGAUCAACAAGGAAUUGAACCUGGAGGCGUUUAAGCUGAGACGGCAGGGGAACACUACGCGGGCUGAGGCGGCAUAG